GGACGGGCGGGGAUGCAGAGCUCUAUGGUUACCGAACGCAAGGGCGAAGGGGCAGGUGCGGAGAUUCGGUGCUAUAGUGACAGGGGUUUAGAACGGGCAUCUGGACGCGCACAUCUGCCCCAGCAUGGCACCUACAACAGCACUGCGCACAGUCUCGCUGCUAGUCGGCAGUGCGAUGCCCACACCGCCGCUCACUUCAGAUUGUAAAAUGUAAUGCAUACGCCAGAGGAAGCCAGCAAGGAUAUAGCGGCAGAUUCCAACUAACCACAUAAUUGGAUUGGCUGCGAAAGGUUAUUGAUCGUCAUACGCUAAUGCCGUAUACUGGUGUUGUUUGCAAGAACCUGGAAAAACAGACGUGCAACAUUUCUCAAAAUAUCAUAAUAGCCUGAUUUGCUCAUACAGUAAAUGAGGUAGAGCCAUGCUGACCAGCAUCACAGAGGGGAUCCUGUGCUGUUUGACGGGGAAGUCUGCCAACACGGUGGCACCUCUUGAGAACUCAGAGCCGGGGGACGGGUUUGAGUUCGUGGAGGUGAAGCCGGGCCGGGUGCUACGGGUCCGACACAUCAUCCCGGACCACGGGUGCUGUGAGAUCUCGGGGGAGGAGGAGCAGAGGCCCGGCCAGGGGGUCGUGCACUGCAAGCGGAAGAUCACGGUCUACCGCAACGGACAGCUGGUCAUCGAGAACCUGGGGGACGUGGUGCGCUCGGAGAUCCUGCACUGCCAGAACGGCAACACAGAGCCCAGCAGCACGGUGGAGGUGGAGCUGUCCGAUUACAACAGCUCCGCCACCGAACCCAAACCCUCGCACGGCGCCGAAGCCCAGCCUCCACCCGCCGGGGAGCGGCGGCGCAAACGCAGGCCCAAGCGCACCGUGGUGAUCGACUGCGACAGGAAGAUCUCCAGCUGCAAGGGCACCCACUCGGACGUGGCCCUCUUCUUCAUCCAUGGCGUGGGCGGCUCGAUGGACAUCUGGGGGAGCCAGCUGGACUUCUUCUCCCGGCUGGGCUACAGGGUCAUCGCUCCCGACCUGGCCGGGCACGGAGCCAGCACCGCCCCCCUGAUCGCGGCCGCCUACACCUUCUACGCCCUGGCCGAGGACAUGCGGGCCAUCUUCAAGCGAUACGCCCGGAAACGCAACAUCCUCAUCGGACACUCCUAUGGGGUGUCGUUCUGUACCUUCCUUGCCCACGAGUACCCGGAUCAGGUCCACAAGGUGGUGAUGGUAAAUGGCGGGGGUCCGACGGCGCUGGAGCCCAGCCUCUGCUCCAUCUUCAACCUCCCCACCUGUGUGCUGCACUGCCUCACCCCCUGCCUGGCCUGGAGCUUCCUCAAGGCGGGGUUCGCUCGUCAAGGUGCCAAAGAGAAGCAGCUGCUGAAGGAGGGCAACGCCUUCAACGUGUCGUCCUUCGUGCUGCGGGCCAUGAUGAGCGGUCAGUACUGGCCAGAGGGGGACGAGGUGUACCAUGCAGAACUGACCGUGCCCAUCCUGCUCGUGCAUGGCAUGCAUGACAAGUUUGUGCCCAUUGAGGAGGACCAGCGCAUGGCAGAGAUCCUGUUGAUAGCCUUCCUGAAGGUGAUUGACGAGGGCAGCCACAUGGUGAUGAUGGAGUGCCCUGAGACAGUGAACACCCUCCUGCAUGAGUUCUUCUUGUGGGAGCCUGACCUGCCCAGUGAGGUCCCUGCCGCCCAGGACUCCCCGCCCUCGCAGGACAACAAGUAGAACAACCAGGACCUUUCCAACUCCAACCAAACCAAGGGCUUGAUCGCCAGCUGGCUGCGGACGUGCCUGUCCACGGGCUGAGAGCUGUUUUUAGCGCCGAUGGGGCUGUGAGCUCCCGGGUGGAGCCGGGCCCAGCGUCUCGGACUCUCUGCGAGAGAGAAGCAGGGAAGGAAGAGAAUCGAAGGCAGCUAAAUGAAAAGUAAAAGAAAAAGGUGGUUUAUUUAUUCUCUGUAAUCAUUUAUAAUAAGAACACGGGAGUCCGGAACAGUCACAACACUCUGGAGGGUUUUGAGCAUUCUGACCACGCCCCUAAUUUGCUAAUACAAUUGUAUAACCCUGUUUAUUUCAGGAAGACGCUUUACCCAGUAACAUCCUGCUGUGGCUUUGGAUGAAUUGCUAUCUGUUGUGUCUGGGUAGGUUCUGAGCAGCUGUUGUGGGAGGUGGGGAAGGAGGUGAUGGCUAGACUGGAGUUGUGGUAGGGAGUUUUCUAAUUGGAUGAUGUGCAGUGCUAUUGUAAUAAUAAAAUGUGAACUGCUUAAAAGGCUGACACUCUCAGUAAAUAGUAUAUAGGGAACCUUAGAUCUGUUACACUGAUCCAGCUUACAGGUUUGGGGAAAGGGGUAGCUUGUUCACCCCCUUCAUCCCACUCGGGAAUUACCCUGAUAUGGACAUGAGCAAACAAACAUCACAGCAGUCAUCUCAAUGGAAUAUAAUGGAUUUAUAAGUGUGUGUGCUAGCUGUAUUAUACUGUACAGCAAACCAAGGCCAGCUAAUUAAUGCGCUUGGCAGACACUGGAUUCCAAGGAGAGAGGCUCUGCCUGUCCGAAAGAGGUCUCAGGAAUGCUGAGGAAACCCAAACAGGUCCUCAGCAAUAAUCCUUGUGGAAUUCAAGUGUCUGACAAUUACCCAGCACAGGGUAAUCCAGCCACAAUCCUCUUGAUCUGAUCCAUAAAUAGUAAAAAAUUAAUAGAUAAGCCACGAUAGGUCGGCAAGCCUUGGCAUGACAGGAGGACACAGGAAGUUUGAUCCCUUCCGUUUUUAUGAGUGCUAUUCCGAAAAACCAGAACGAGACUGCGACUGUCGGCUCCAAAUUAUUUAUUAAAAUCCGCAUCGGUGUUGUUUGUGCCGGGUUUGUGAUUCAAAUUCCUUGUUUUAUAUUAAAAAAAAAAAAAAGUAAAACAUAAAUGAGAAAAAACGGUCAGCCUAUAUAGUGGAAGGGCCGCUGUGCUGAGCAGUGUCGGUGUAUUGUAUAUAGCUUUGCUUUUACCUGCAGAUAUGCAAUGCCUCUACAGCUCCCCUCUCGUGCAAUACUGAUAGACAGAGGGACGAGCAUUGCUUUGGAAGCCCUGAAUGGGUAUAUUACUCAUGUGACAGUACUUGUCUGUGGCAGACUGGCAGUGAAUGUGGUUGGUAGUUCAGUGUACAGUGGUGUGCAUGAAUCACCUUACAUUUAAUAUUUAUUUUCAACCAAAAAUGUUUCAUUACUGGUGAAUACGAAGCAAGCCUGACACCUUCACGCCAAGAUAAAAUCUGUAAGACUUGCUGAACAAUAUCUUCACAGUAACAAGAUACAAUAUGCAUAGCUAACACUGUACACCUUGUAAUAUUGGACAGAACAAGGGUUGAGACCAGUGCAUGCUUUUUUAUUUAUUUUCUGCUGUUUCCAGCUGCAAAGCAAUAACGGAUGAAGGAUCCAUCAUUGAUCCAACAAAUGUGGGAAGUUCCCCCAAAUUUCAACAUCCUAAAAACAGAACUGGUCACUUUAGGAACAACCUCUCCUUCUUGGUCUGCUAUAAAAAAAAAAAAUUCUGUAUGUACUUGUAAUGUGUUUCUAUAGUGUUGGUUCAGGAGCCCUACUUUACCUAGUGCUCCCUUGCUAACGUUUUACUGUGUGUCUCAUAAUGAGAAAUUGCAAUUAUAGUGAAGGAGAAAUCAGGAGUCACAUAGUGCAUGGUUUACCACAGUAAAUUCGAAGCGGUAUUUAGUACUUUUUCCAUUAAAAUGAUACAACCUCACAUUGAGACAUUUAGGGUUGAUUGCACCUACCUGGAUUAAACUAGGAUUAGUUUAAUCCCUGGUGGUUUAUCCCUGUAACAUGCACCUUGGUUUCUGCUUUAUUUGUGCAAAAUGUCAAUAAUCCACUGUGGUGCCCCUGUGUGGUGGAAACAUGUAAAUGUCUGUAGCAAUUACUCAGAACUAAUAAUACUUAUUCUAAGUAAUAAUAAUGAAUAAACAACAAGAUGAGCUGACUGUUGUGCAAUGUGGAUUAGUGCCAUUUCCAGCAGUAAAGUAAAAUAUAUAUUCUCGCCCUGUGUGCUGGCAGUCUUUUUUUGGUAAGCAUGUUUUUGUAUGCCUGCUUAAAGCGCUGCACGAUCCUGCUUCCUUUUACACUGAAACACGAUUGAUUUGGGUCACCGUGCCACGUGCUGCUUCAUCACAAAACUCUCCACCUCUUUCCAGAACGGGAAAUCUGAAAUCUCGGUUAUGAAUUGUGUCACAGGACAAGCUUUCCUCAAUGUCAGUAUGCUUGGGAGGACCAAACCCUCCACCUUCAUGCAAAAGCUCAGAGUAACAACAGUAAAGGCAGAAGAAUGCAAAACAUGAUCUGCUUCAAAUUAAAGCACAUUUUUCUAUUUUUUUUUUUUUUAUAUGAAAAUUAUUUUGAGAAAAAAUAAAACUUUGUAAGAACACGUAACAAAUCAGACAAAACCAAAGCAGCUCAGUAAAAUACAGAUCCCGUUUUAGAAUGCUGACUCUAACAUUGUACACGGCUGCUACACCGCUAGUGCCCAGAUCGUACUAGAGAAGGGAUCCUUGCAAGAAUGCCUACUGCUCUGGCCAAAGGUUUUGCAUCACCCUGUAGAAUUAACCAAUUUUGCUUCAUAAAGUCGAAUGAAACCGGCUGAAGUAAUGUUAUAUCAACAUGUUGAAUUACACACCACUUUGUAGUUUUCGAUGUAAAUACAGCUAUGGGCAAAAG